UUUACAAACAUAUGUUUAAAGGGCUAUAUGCUUUUUAUUUAGUUGGCAUUCGCUAGUCUACGAUUUCUAGAUUUCUACUUCCUACAUCACAAUUUGCUAUCGAUUCAGUUCCAAUUAACCUAACUUCUACAAUUCUCACAUUUAAAGGUAAUUAACUUAUUUUAUUCUACAUAUCCCAUCUUGUGGCCUUUUUUAUAUGAUGCUUAGAGAAGAAACACAUAAUUAAAAAUUGUUCUUUGGUUUGUUACUUGCCUCUAUCGGUUGGAGUGAAUUGAAAAUCGAAUUUGGCUACACAAGGUGAUACUUCAAUACUAAAUUUAUUCAGGUAGGAAAGCAGCAAUAAACUCAUCCAACGACAAAAAUUUGUGAUGAUGGGUCUGGAAAAACAUUAGAGGUUCACCACUCAACAAACUGAUUAAUCGGAGUCGCCACAUAUUCCAAGAGGAUUCAUGGCGGUGACUGGAGAUAUCUGGGCAGUGGAUUCCAUAGCGCCCCCCUCAGCAUCGACCACCGCUACUUCGACUGUCUGCUACCUCACUUUGUGCGGACGAAGAGAGACUCAUUUUAAAAGGAUAAUGUGUCAAAAAUUUAAAAAAGUGAAAGUAUGGCUAACAAGGCCUUCAUAGGUCCACAAGAUAGAACUGUAAAAAAGUGGAGUGUUCAAAAAGUUUUCCUAAUAAGGAGUACCUCAAUUUCAUAUGACAGGGGUGGCCGGCCGAUAAAGGAGUGCUAAAGGAAUUCGUUGCUGAACUCUUAUCAGAUGAUAUUUUCGUCAAUAAUCUUGUCGACCGAGUUGUCAUGGAGCUCAAUGAUAGUUUCGACGAGGUGAUAAAGGCUCGAUUUCUAAGCGAAUGCGAACCUCGUUUAUCUGCAAUGGAGGAGAGGAUCGCUUCAUUGGAGACUAAGAUUCAAGCCAUGAGUAAGGCGUCCGUGGAACGUGCUGAGGCGUAUGAGCGAAAAUUGGACGCUCAAGAGCAGUAUCAGCGCCGAAGUAAUGUCUGUAUCUUCGGACUUCCUGAGAAGAGUGGAGAGAAUGUUACCGAGGUUGUCACUAAACUAUGUAGUGACAAACUCAAGUUCUCGAUUGAUGCAACACUGAUCGAUCUCUGUCAUCGUGUGGGUCGCCUUCACUCGAGACCUGGUGAGACUGAGGCCAGGCCGCGCGCAAUAAUUGUCAAAUUCAUAAGUUAUCAGCGUACUGUGAUAGCGGCGAGGAGGCAGCUCAAUGGCUCCGUGAUGACGGUGAGAGAGGAGCUCACUCGGCGGCGUGAUACUUUUCCGUGAUGUCAAUCAUUCCGUAGCAAUUGCUAGACACCAGAUUCGAUCUUAAAUAAGGAAUAUGAAGAGAAUUUGAUUACUAAUAAAAGACAGAUAAUUUAAGUUUAUUUAUUGUAAAGCAAGAACUAUUCUCUCACUCAUCUCUGAUGUGAUGUAUACGUCAUACUAUUUCCACCAAUAGCAAAAUUCUAUGCAAAUUAAGUAAGACGGAACUGCUCAGCAAAAGUUUUUCGAGAAGAGAGACACUACUUCCCUUUUAAUGCCUUCACUGUGAAGACCUUGUUCUAAAAGUUACCAUUUUUCUAGUGAGAUUCUUAUUGUUAAAUUCAUGUAUUUUGAUUGUUAGCCCAUAUCUGAGGCAAUAUUAUUCGUUAUAUUUGUGAAAUCUAUCACUUGAUUACUUCCAUAAACCUGGAUUUUAUUAUUCAUUUUUUAUUAGUGAAGGAAAUAAUUAAUUUCUAAAAAAUCUCCCAUGUGCUGGAGAUUGAAGCUUGGACGAACCAUCGAGUCUAAAUUAAUUCAAAGAAACCACAAUACCAAGAACGAUCACAUGAGUUCUCUUUUAUUUUAUGGGCCCCAGCCUUCGCUUCGAAAAGAAAUCACUUCAAUUUUUUCUUCGCUAAUUAUUAAUGGCCACAUCGAAAGCGCAAAUAGCUUAAGUGUACUGAAUUGUGAUUGUAGGUUUUGUGUCCUUAUCUGCCUGAACCACGACCCUGAUUAAAUUUCACAUAUUGUAAUAUUUUCUAGUCAAAUCAUUGGAAUAAUAAUUUAUCUUUAAGGAUUUUUAAACUUUGUAAAGAAGAACGUGCAUGAUAGCCCAGCAUCAUAGCACUAAUCCAAAUAAGCCUGUCAGCAGAAAAUUAUUCAAAACCUUUUUAUCAAAUCUUGAAACUGUACUGUUUAUUAAUUAUUAUUACUGCUCAUUAUAUUUAAAAUUUAA